CGGUGAGUUCCUGAAAUUUUCAAUUUAAAGUCGAAGGACUCUACUACUAAGUUCUUACCUAGCUCAUACACUUGCCUGAUAUAUUUAGAGUAUAUGAAAUAAUAGUGAAAUCAUGGAACGUGUACCAUUGCACAAAGCAUUAGAACCGUUGGCUUGGCUAGAGGGAACGUGGCGAACGGAGAGUCAAGGCAACGGCAAAUACCCGACGAUCAAAGAUUUUAACUAUUACGAGGAGAUAAGCUUCACGUCCCUGGGGCAACCCAUGUUCAAUUAUACCAUGCAAAGCUUUUCCAACUCGGAUUUAAAAAAGCCGAUGCAUCGGGAGACAGGCUUCUUGAGAGUAAACCCGGCAACUGGUGAAAUAGCUCUUAUCUCGGCACAUAAUUUUGGUUUGACGACCAUUGAAUGUGGCGAGGUAACUGACAAAGCCAUCAUCUUAAACAGUACUGAUAUAACCAGGAUAAAAUGGGCGAAGGAUCCUCGUGUAACUCAGGUACGCAGGGAAUUUAAACUCAAUGACGAUUGUUUGGAAUAUGUGCUUUACAUGGCGACGUCGAAUACUCCAGUGCUGACCGAACACUUACGGACAAAAUACGUGAAAGUGAGCGAAGAAGUAUAAAAGAAUGUGAAGAGCAAAUCAAU